AUGGAUAUAGCACUGGUAGAAAAUGAUUAUGUUCUACCGAUUGCAAUGUAUCGACAUGAUUGGGUUCAUAUUCUUUAUAUGGGCAUAUGUAUUAUAUUCUUUAUGAUUCAAGUCUGUCAACGUAUAUCUGUUGAUCUCAUUUACUCAUCAAAAGAUUUCAAAGCUGGCUUUUAUGUUCCAUCUCUUAAUCGAUAUCCAACUGAAUUAACUCCAACAUCUUCAAGUAUUUCAUAUAUUUGGUAUCUUGUUUUUAUUUGGCAGUCUACAUGGAUAAUAUAUUCAAUAAUUGGCAUUUUUCGUCGUACAUCAUCAGGUACUUAUUUCUAUCAACAUCCAUGUGCUAUGAAUAAAUGGUGUUAUUUCUAUACUGUAUUUGGUCUUAUUUUGUUUACACCACAAUUAGCAGCUGCUGCACGAAAUAAAUAUGGAAUUGGAAUUUCAAUAUUUCGUCAUUUGGGAACAUUAUGUGAAUUAAUUAUUAUUCUAGUUGUUGUUCAUGUAUCAUUAUGGGAAAAUUUAAAAAGUUAUUUGAGAAAUAGAUUUUUUGUUGAUGUUUGGUUAACACGAUUAUUAUAUCAUAAUGGUUUAGCUUUAUGGGCAUCUGUUCUUUUCUAUGAAACUUGUUUGUCAAUCAUCAUAGGUCUUAUUUAUGGUAAUACGGUUUCACCAUCAACAGCUUCUAUUAUGGGAUGUUUUCUUCUUUUGUUGGGUUUUAUUACACUAUCUAUUCUUGAAAAUGCUAUUUUCUAUAAUUCGCUUGCAUUUACUCUAUCACCAUGGCUCGCUUUUUUAUGGCUUUUGGGAGAUAUUGUUUUUCGCUCACAUGAAGAAUUGUCUUCAUCUUCUUCUGCCAUUUGGUGUGUUCGUUUUAUUUUUUGUAUAACAUGUAUAUUAACAUGUAUUCGGUUAUGUUUAUUUUUUUGGAGAUAUAAAAACAAAACGAUACCAACUUUUCAGUCACCAAGAAUUUAUAGUUUUGUUGUAGAACCAAGAGCUUUUUAA